AUGGAUUUUGAAGAAGUGAAAACCAAGUGGGACGUUAUUUUUAAGGAUCCUUUGCUUUCCUUAACCUCUUUACGUGAAAAAGGUUAUAAAGGAAAUGUUUGUUCUCAGAGUCUAAGAUCUAUUUGCUGGAAGUUAUAUUUGGCUUAUUUGCCAAGUCUAGAUACCGAAACUUGGUCUCUUACUCUUAAUAAAGAACGACAACAUUAUGCGGAUCUUCGCCAAAAAUAUAUUACGAGUCCAACUACUGAUAAUGAAAAUGAUAGUAACUCGACUGAUUUAAAUGUUAAUAAUCCGUUGUCUUUGGACCAAGCUAAUCCUUGGCAAGAAUAUUUCAAAGAUACGGAAUUACGAAAAAUUAUUAAGCAAGACGUGGAAAGAACAUUUCCGGAAAAUGAAUAUUUUCGUUCUACAUCAGCUCAAAAUCGAUUACUAGAUAUUCUUUUCAUUUAUUGUAAAAUGAAUACUGAUGUGUCAUAUCGUCAAGGAAUGCACGAACUUUUAGCUCCAAUAUUGUGGGUAGUUGAUAAUGAAAGUUUGUCUAGUACAAAUGGAUACGCAAUGGAGAAUAGCGAAGAUGCUAUUAUCAGACAAGUGCUGAGUGCAGAUUAUGUAGAACAUGAUACUUUUGCGCUUUUUUCUUCGCUGAUGAAAUCUGCCAAAGCUUAUUACGAAUAUAAUGAUGAAGUGUUUAAUCGUAGACCUGCUAAGCGUUCGGGUCAAAGCUCAGAUGUUGAUUAUGCUCGCUUAAUAAAGGAAGCACAAGCAGAGGCCGCAAAAUUAACACCCGUAGUCAUGAAAUGUAAUAAAAUUCAUGAGGAGUAUCUCAGAACAAUUGAUACAGAACUAUAUAACCAUUUGAAAAAUUUAGAAAUCGAACCACAACUUUAUGGAAUACGCUGGAUAAGGCUUCUUUUUGGACGCGAGUUUCCUAUAAAUCAGGUUUUAGUAUUAUGGGAUGGAAUGUUUGCUGAAGAUCCGGCGCUAAGAAUUGUCGAUUUUGUAUGUCUGGCACUCAUGUUGCGUAUUCGUGAUGAGCUACUUGAAUCAGAUUAUGCAGGAUGUUUAAGCAUGUUAAUGCGUUAUCCUUCAAUAAAUGAUGUCGAAGUGCUUGUACCGCAAGCGAUAUAUCUUCGCGAUCAUUUGUCACCUGAGGGUGGUAAUUAUAUAAUUCAACAAAACGCAAUAAGGUUACGAAAACCCGUCAUUCCCAUUCAGAUUCCUGUCCAAAAAGAAUCAAAUCGUAUUGAAGGUUUGGUACCAGAUGGAUUUGUUCAUGUAACUAAGAAUAGUGCCGUGAUACUUAAUAAAGCUAUUUUGUCUGCGGUAGGAGAAGUAAAAAAAAAUGUUCUUCGUCGUCCCGAUGGUCAAUAUGAUCAUAGAAAACGUCAAAGCACGUCAGAUUUUCCCCAAAGAUAUGCACAUUCCUAUCAACAAAUGGCACAUGACACAGAAUCCCAUCAAAAUUCAGAAGACAUCUUAAAGCUUAAGGAACAAAAUCGGCAGAUGGGAAUCGUUAUACAAAGGAGUAUUAAUAUUCUUGAACAAGAGUUAUUGGGAAAAGCAAAAUCUAGAGAAGAUGUUAAUGCAGGAGAUGCCGAUAAGAUCGAAAAAAGUUCCGAUGGAACGACAUCUCGUUCUUCAUUUGAGUAUAUUGCGGGUAAUAGCAAUGAAGAAUCCAACGUACCAACGUCAAAUGAUAUUUCGAUUCUUACCGUUUUGCAUGGACUUAAACAUAUCAGAGAUGUACUUAAUGGGUCUGUUAAAGAAUUCAAUCCCCAC